AUGUCCUUGGAGCACCACACAGGGCACCGUGGGCUCCUGCCCCGUGUCCCGGCAGGUCUGCAAGGACAGAUGGGAAAUGUGUCCAACAUCUCGGUGUUCACCUCCACCUUAUCGGAGAGAGAAGACCUGAUUUUUGGCACACUCUAUUUAGUCUUUGGCAUCAUGUCCUUCUCUGGGAACUCACUGCUGCUGCUGGUGGCCUAUCAGAAGAGGUCCUUGCUGAAACCUGCCGAGUUCUUCAUCGUCAACCUGGCCAUCAGUGACCUGAGCAUGACGGUGACGCUCUUCCCCUUGGCCACCUCCUCCUUCUUUGCACACAGGUGGCUGUUUGACCGGGCGGUUUGCACCCUCUAUGCCUUCUGCGGGGUCCUGUUCGGGCUGUGCAGCCUCGCCAGCCUGACGGUGCUCAGCACGGUUUGCUGCCUCAAGGUCUGUUACCCAGCAUAUGGGAACAGGUUCUCCCUGAGCCACGCCGCGGUGCUGCUGCUGUGUGUGUGGGCCUACGCCCUGACCUUCGCCACGGCCCCCUUGGCCGAGUGGGGCAGCUACGGCCCCGAGCCCUACGGGACAGCCUGCUGCAUCACCUGGGAGACCUCGAGCAGGGAGGCCACGCUCUACAUCCUCGCCCUCUUCAUCUUCUGCUACCUCCUCCCCUGCCUCCUCAUCCUCGCCUCCUACUCGCUGAUCCUGUGGACGGUGUGGGUGUCCCGGAGAGCCGUCCAGCAGCACACGUCCCCCCAGCGCAGAGCCCGCAGCCUGCACAGCCUGCUCCUCAAGCUGAGCGUUGCCGUGUGCCUGGGGUUUCUGGCUGCCUGGACCCCCUAUGCCGUGGUUGCCCUGUGGGCACUGCUCGGGGACACCAGCCAGGUGCCAGCACUGGCCUUCGUGCUGUCGGCCGUCUUUGCCAAGUCCUCGACACUCUACAACCCGCUGGUGUACCUGCUCUUCAAGCCCAACUUCCACAAGUUCCUCUCCAAGGACAGGGUGCUCCUCCAGGCCCUCCGCCCCCUGCUCUGCUGCGGCUGCCCGAGCACAGCACUCCAGCCCUUCCCAUCCCCGGGUGUCAGUGACCACGCCGGGGCUUGCAGAAACUGCAACGACGCUUUUGAGUGUUUCAGCAACUACCCCAAGUGCUACAACCCGCCCCAGGCACCCAGCAGCUCCCCCCUGCACGGUCCCCUGGCCAUCCUGGCCGAUGGAGCUGCUUGCCAGCCGGGGCUGAAGAGGACAGUGCAGGUGAUGGUGCUGGUCACACGGAAGAGGUCGGGCCUGGGCGCUGUGAACGUGGCAGGGGAAGCCCUGCCAUCAGCCCUGGUGAAAGACCUGCUCUGAGCCUGGCUGUGCCCAGCUCUGUCCUGCCAGCACGCUGCAGGACAAACC